GCGUAAUUUUGAAAAUAACUGACCGCGGCGUCCGGGCAUGUCCGGGUCCAGAGGAUUUGAACUUGGAAGCAGUAGUUCUUCGUUGACACCUUCAUUUCAUCUUCCUCAUCCCAUCAUGUAUCACUAUCGGCAUCGUUCCGAUCCUCAUUCUGUUAGCUUCUGAAGAGACGAUUUCUUGAACUUCUAGGAUAUCUUUCUUCCCCCUCAUUCAUAUCAUGAGCGGAGACGUCACAAAAGUUCUGCCUCCAAGAUUCAAUGGACAAACUACAGGAUGUUUGCAGAUGAAUGUCAAGACAAUCCGUUGGCUCUUUGAUUCCCCUGGUCAAGUCGUCGUUGCAACAUCCUGGUGGGGUGAUGACUCCAAGUGUCUCUUUAUGCCUAAAGAAGACAACCAACCCAUCAGGAAUACAGUACAAAAUCGGUCGUAUAUUUUUAACAUCUGUUCCAGUCGGGAGAAAUUUCUCACUUACCUGCAGUACCAUAAACGAUUAAAGUUUCUAGUCCUGAAAGAGAAAAAUGUCCUAGGAGUUGGAACUCUUGAAAAUCUUUCUCAAAUUUUUCACAACCGUCAUUACGAUAAUUUCGUUGAUGUAUAUGACAAAGACUCACAAUUGAUCGCAGAUGUGCAUGUCUGUUUCAAUCUAACAAUUUUCCCUGAAAAUUCCCCUCGAAGUUUCAUCCAGAGAAUUGAUUCUCAUGAAAAUGAUCUGAAUCCGCGACGAACAGUUCCAUUUUAUUCUCAAGCUGAGAAGCUUAGAGUAGGGUUUGGUGAGAGGGCAGACGAAGAACCAAGAUGCCCAGUGUUUAGUCAUUUGGAUGACACUAGGAAAUUGCUUGAGUAUCUUCAAGCCGAUGAAGAAAAGAAAAAGAUGUCUCUUGAACGAAGGUGCCCUGUUUAUAGUCAUUUAGAUGACGAACGGAAAUUGCUUGAUUACCUGAAAUCAGAAGAACGGAAGAAAAAUGUCUCACUUCUGGAUAUCACAAAUCUUUGUUUGACGGACGAAAGUGAUGAAACCAAUUUUGCAUUAUCAUCUCCUUCCAGUAAACUAUCAUCUACCAGUGUAAAAAGCUGCGACUCAAGAUCUACAACUGAGUGCUUGCAAGAUUAUUUGAAUGGCUUCGACAUGUGCAAAGAAAGUAGAAUGAAAGCGCUCCAACUAACAAAGAAAUCAACUUCAAGUUUAAUUAAUUUUGCAGAAGCGUCGGACAAAGAGGAG